CGGAUCACGACUCCAUACUAUGUCAGAGCCAUCCUCUGUUACGGCGGCGCUACAAUACGUGGUCACUCCUGCACACGGCGAGAGACUCUUCAGGUACACUAGCAGUGAUCACGCCCAGGGAGGUCGCCUUACGAACAUCGAACGUGAAGAGCAUAAUGUGCAGAUAGAGAACUUACGUGGGAAGGAGAGCGCGGCCACGUUGGACAGUCACGGCUUCCAGUUCUUCCGUCGCCCUGCAAAGCAUCGGGAGUUCCGUGUCGACGAGGACAUCCAGAAGGAAUACUACCUCGAGAGCGAGCACCUGAUCAAGGAGCUUACGGGCGCAUCCAAAGUCGUUUUCUUUGACCAUACCAUCCGCCGCCGCAACCCAGAAUUGAAUGGUGACGACCCUCAGAACCGCCAGCCAGCAGCGGGAGUACACGUUGACCAGACAUCACCCGCGGCAGUAGCUCGGGUUCACCGUCAUCUUCCUGCAGCAGACGUCCCCAGGUUGCUGGAGAAGCGUUUCCAGAUCAUCAAUCUAUGGCGCCCCAUCUCGCACCCUGCGUACGACUGGCCACUAGCCUUGUGCGACUACAGAUCCAUCGACCCAAAGAAUGAUUUGAUUCCAGUAGCGCUCAUUUAUCCCGACAAGGAAGGCGAGACGUACUCCGUGAAGUAUAACCCUAACCAUCGCUGGAAAUACGUUAGGGGUUUAGAGCCCGACGAGGGCGUUCUGAUCAAGUGCUUCGACUCCGUGCAAGAUGGGAGCGUAGCCGUAUUGACCCCUCAUACUGCUUUCGAAGACCCUUCGACUCCCAAGGAUGCUCCGUACAGGCAAUCCAUUGAGCUUAGGGCGCUCGUAUUCUACGAUUAAUUGAUGUUAACAAGUCGAACAUGUUGCAUG